AUGUCCCACUCGCGAAGCCCGUCGACCGAGCGCCAGACCAAGCGCAAGAGGUCGAUCAGUCCAACCGAUGGAAACGACCCGCCUCUCCACCGGAAACGUCGCUCGGCAUCCCCCGCCGAAAGACCUGCGGACGAGGAGAAACGCGAGCCCUUCGAACGGAUACAGGUCGACGUCCCCAGAAUACACGACUCUGAUCCCGCGCGGCGCAGAGAAAGAGAGGAGCAACUCCGGAUCCGUCUUGCCGAACAAGAACUUGCUGGGAUCGUCAAGCCCAAGCCUGACCCGAAGCUAGAAAUGCAGAAAAUGGCGGCCACUAGAGGCGGUGGUGCCUACAUCCCCCCCGCACGCCUCAGGGCUAUGCAAGCGCAGAUGGAUACUCCAGAUCCUUCAAGUCCAGAAUACCAGAGGAUCCGUUGGGAUGCCUUAAGGAAAUCUAUCAACGGGUUGAUCAACAAAGUGAAUGUUGGCAACAUCAAAUUCAUAGUACCCGAGCUCUUUGGUGAGAAUUUGAUUAGAGGUCGAGGCCUUUUUGCACGAUCGAUCAUGCGUGCCCAGGCUUCCUCGCUACCCUUUACGCCCGUCUUUGCAGCCUUGGUAUCCGUGAUCAACACCAAGCUGCCCACAGUGGGGGAACUGAUCGUGACCCGUGUAGUCAGCCAAUUCCGACGGGCCUAUCGUCGAAACGACAAAGUGACGUGUGUCGCGACCUCGACGUUUGUUGCCCAGCUUGUCAAUCAGCAAGUAGCCCACCAUCUGCUCGCGUUCGAAAUCAUCAUCCUUCUGCUCGAGAAACCGACGGACGACUCGGUCGAGAUCGCCGUCGGAUUCACUAAGGAGGUCGGCGCCUUCUUGUCCGAGGCCGAACCAAAGGCUAACAAUAGCGUCUAUGAACGCUUUCGUUCGAUCUUGCACGAGGCUACUAUCAGCAAACGAGUUCAGUAUAUGAUCGAAGUUCUCUUUCAGGUCAGGAAAGAUCGCUUCAAGGAUAAUCUGGUCCUCCCCGAAGGUCUAGAUCUCGUCGAAGAAGACGACAUCAUAACCCAUCCCAUCCAUCUAGAUGAUGAUCUGCAAGUUCAAGAUACACUAAAUGUGUUCAAAUUCGAUCCAGACUACGCCGAGAAUGAAGAAAAGUAUCAGAGUAUCAAGAAUGAGAUCCUUGGAGUUGAUUCUGACUCGGGUUCCAGCGGGUCGGAAAGCGGCAGUGAUGAGGAGAGUUCCGAAGAAGAGCCUGAUACUGGAAUAGUCGAUGGGAAGGUUACCAUCCAUGACCACUCGGAGACCAACUUGAUCAAUUUCCGUCGGAACGUUUACUUAACAAUCAUGUCAUCGCUAGAUUUCGAAGAAGCUGCCCACAAGCUGCUCAAGCGAAACAUCGAGGAAGGACUAGAGCUAGAGCUGGCCAACAUGGUUGUUGAGUGUUGCUCGCAAGAACGAUCGUAUGCGAAGUUCUACGGCCUGUUAGGCGAAAGGUUUUGUAAACUCAACCAGACAUGGACGAUGACCUUCGACCAAUGUUUCCGGAACUACUACGACACGAUCCACCGUUUUGAGACGAACCGAUUGCGGAACAUCGCCCGCUUCUUCGGCCAUCUCUUGGCCCAGGAUGCCAUCCCAUGGUCGGUCUUUGAGGUGAUCAGGAUGAACGAAGACGAUACGACUAGUAGUUCCCGAAUCUUCGUCAAGAUCAUGUUCCAGGAAAUCACUGAGGUCUUGGGCCUCAAACGCUUGGCCGAACGCUUCAAGGAUCCCUCGAUGCAGGUCUGGUUCGGGGGCCUGUUCCCGAUCGACAAUCCUAAGAACACUAGGUUUUCAAUCAACUACUUUACUAGCAUUGGACUUGGAGUUUUGACUGAAGAAAUGCGUGAACAUCUCAAACGAGCGCCACAAUUGAUCAUGGCUAAGCGACGCGAGUUAGAUGAAGCCGAAUCGUCGGACGAUGACGAUUCAAGCUCCGACAUCUCGUCGAUUUCGUCGACUGAUUCGAGUGAUUCGGACUCAGACUCGAGCAGCUCCGGCCGCUCGGGCGAUUCCCGAGACCGUCGGGGCGGCAGGAAUGGACGACGCGGGCGUGGGCGGGAUUCGUCGUCUUCUUCACCCGGUUACCGUCGAGGCUCGCCUGGAAGACGGCGCGACUCGCGAUCGCCUGGCAGACGCCGCGACUCCCGCUCUCCUCCGGGUCGAGGCCGAGACGCCAGAUCUCCGCCUGUCCGCCGUCGUGACUCUCGGUCGCCGGGUAGACGCCGCGCCUCCCCGUCUCCCGUCAGACGCAGAGGCUCGCCUUCUCCUGUUAGACGCCGUAGAUCGCCUUCGCCCGUCAGACGUCGAGGCUCUCGCUCCCCCGUCAGACGCCGUCGAUCGCCUUCCCCCGCCAGGCGUCGAGCCUCCCCUUCUCCAGUUAGACGUCGAGGCUCGCCGUCUCCUGAUAGACGCCGCGAUUCGCCAUCUCCUGCCAGACGCCGAGGCUCGCCAUCUCCUGUUAGACGCCGAGGCUCGCCAUCUCCUGUUAGACGCCGAGGCUCGCCAUCUCCUGUUAGACGCCGAGGCUCGCCAUCUCCUGUUAGACGCCGAGGCUCGCCGGCUCCUGUUAGACGCCGAGGCUCGCCGUUUCCUGCAAGACGCCGAGGCUCGCCGCCCCCGGUUCGACACCCUGAUUCACCUUCUCCCGUCAGACGCCUCGAUUUAUCUUCUCCGGUCAGACGCCGCGAUUCACCUUCUCCCGUCAGACGUCGUGACUCACCCUCUCCCGUCAGACGGAGAGGCUCUCCGUCUCCCAUCCGACGCCGUGGCUCCCCAUCACCCGUCAGACGUCGUGGCUCCCCCUCUCCUGUUAGACGUCGAGGCUCGCCUUCUCCCGUCAGACGCCGCGGAUCACCGUCCCCGGUUAGACGCCGCGGUUCUCCUUCUCCUGUCAGACGCCGCGGCUCGCCUUCUCCGGCCAGACGCCGCGGCUCUCCUGCUCCUGUCAGGCGCCGCGGCUCUCCGUCUCCUGUGAGACGCCGUGAUUCACCAUCUCCAGUCAGACGCCGCGGUUCACCUUCUCCAGUCAGACGUCGAGGCUCGCCAUCUCCUGUCAGACGUCGUGGUUCGCCGUCUCCAGCGAGACGUCGAGGCUCACCUUCACCAGUGAGACGUCGCCGAAACUAA